AAAUCUUAACAUUGUAAGAGAGAUUGGGGCGAUAGAUAGAUAGUGCAAAAAAUAUUAACACUAAUUCACUUCUAAGAGUAAGAUCUUUAAAUAUUGUGACUUUGACAAUUAAACAUUUAAAUUCUAGUUGGCUGGAGGAACUUUUUUGUUGGUUUAAACGUCGCAACGACAGAAUGUAGGUCAUAAUGCCAAAUUGUUUCGUGUGUAUCCAAAAUAAAUAAGGCAGCGUAAUGUACUCGAGCAGCAAUUUAUGUGUGAAUUAGUAUUCAGAUAAUGUGUCGUUUUAUAUAAAAAAUUGUAAAGUCAAGGAAACAAUUGACUUAAGACUCCAUCAAUAUAUCAACAAUGGGUGGCUGUUAUAGCUCUGACCUGAACAAACCACCAGAAGUAACAAGUCCUGCCAAGCGUAUGAGACAAUCUAACCAGGUUGUCAUUACAGAGUUAUCGGACCUGGAUGAGGAAGAUUUGAUGCUGAAGGAGCCACCCGAAAUCACGUAUAAAGGUCGAGGAAGUAAUAGUGUCGGGAUGAUGCAGCCUACGCAUAAACAAAAGAUUGAAAAAGAACUGAAAAAGAUACAAAGAGAAACUAACAAAGAAGUAAAGAGAAAACAAGAAAUACAGCUUCAAGAAAAAAUCCGUCAGCAAAAACAUAACUUCACAUUGCAAAAAGAAGAAGAAACUACGUUCAGAUUGGAACAAGAAAAACACAAAGCUAAACAGCAAGAAAUGUUACAAAUAGAAAUGGAGAGAAGGAGAGAGAUUUUCAAAUUUGACGAUGAAGAAGGAAAUAUUGCUAAGGUAGAGAAAGUUGACGAUGCAUGGAGUAGUUUCAAAAAAGGUCGCAAUUCAAAUGAUGAUAUAGAGAGCAACAAUAAUGAGGAAAGUAGGGUGUAUAGGCCCCAGCAAUUCAACCUAACGGGUAUCACGAACUCUGGUUGGGGUUUGGAGGUGCAAGAUUUGGAAGAAGACCCUGAACCUGCACCACCUACGUACAGAAAGAAAGAUAUUGUACCAAAUAUAAACGAGUUCAACCUCUUCGACAAACAUGCAGUUAAGGCUCCAGUCAGUGCCAGAUCAUCUGUGUCUACUCUAGUGAACUACUUGAAGACAGGAGCUGAAAACCACUUUCAACUGGUCAGAAUGUUCUAUAGAUGGAUUACUUUCAACAUCAGUUUUGACGUUGAAGGAUAUUUUGGUGAGGAUAAGUUACAAUCAGUUGAAGCUGAGGAUGUUCUGCAAUCAGGAAUCACCAUUGCUGAAGGUUAUGCCAAUCUCAUGGAAGCAAUGUGCAGGUAUGAAGGUAUCCCAGUUAAAGUAAUUCAUGGGCUUGUUAAAGGUUACAACUACCAGGUGGGAGACAUUAUCAACUUUACCGAGAGUCGCAUCAUGCACUCCUGGAAUGCUGUCUACAUCAACCGGAACUGGUUUUUCAUCGACUGCGCAUGGGGAGCAGGUCACGUAGACAGGGAAAGGAAAUGGCAUCGUCAAUUUCAGGAAUUUUAUUUCAUUGUUGAUCCAGAUAAAAUGAUUGUAGAUCAUUUUCCGUUCAUGGAUAAGGAUUUGAGAACCAGUGCAAAAUGGCAACUUUUGCCCUCUCCCGUUAGUGCAAACUCAUUCAAUCAAAGGUUAAAGAUGGAGAGAGCAGCGUUAGAAUGGGAAGUCAAACCAGUAACUCACACACAGCACCAUAUUAUUACAGUUCGGAAGGAGAUUGUCGUACAGUUAGAGGAGGUGGCAAGUAUUCUAGAAGACUAUACCGUACAGUUUCAGAGAAAAGAUGGUAGCCGGAAUUUAGACAAGUUCUUCUUUGCUUGCAAACUAAACGAAAGAACAUUAAGAAUUGAAAUACGCCCACCGGAAGAAGUGGACUAUUUACUUAAUAUAUAUAUGCACAGAGGAGUAUAGACGCAACAGGAAAGUCGGA